UUUGAGAAAAUUCUUUUUUGAAUGAACAGCAUGUUAAAAUUUAUGAAUGCAAUUUUGGAGUCGAUCGCUGGAUGGAAUGAACAUAGACUGAGGACGGGUUGGCCCGAGCAGUGCGUCUAUGUAGGCUCCCUUCCAAGGAACGGCAUGCAUGCAAUCAUAAAUUCUAGGACAUGAAGCUUUGCCACAACCCAGUGACAGGCAGAAAGACGGGAUCCUUCCAAGAAUGCCUGUCACCCUGAUGUGAUGGGAUCACGUCAGGGUGACAUUCAUCACAUCAGGAUGGCUUGGAAACAAAGUACACAAUUAGGGUGGGGUUGUGUGCCUGUAUAUCCACCCUACCCGACAUUUACCUCCCCAUAAUGUAGCUCAACACUGGAAGACAGGUCACAGCAACUGAUCAAAAUGCUAUCUCUACAAGCACUCUAUUAUUUCUCAUGAUGUAAUGCUUGUAUCCAUUUGUGGGUUGGAGCAGGUGUUGUCAUGUCUGGCAGCAUCAUUGGGAACCCUGUCAGCUGGAGCUGUCAAUGGGUGGUCAGCAGGGGCACUGCCCUCCCUGGAUGCUGACCCACACAUCCAGAUGGGCACCUCAAACAAUGCCUGGGUAGUGGGUAUUGUUGCCCUGGGAGCCAUAGUGGGAAGUACGGUAGCUGGUCGUGUCACGGAUGUACUGGGCCGACGCAAAACUAUCCUUGCCAGCUGCCCCUUUCUGUUUGCUGGCUGGAUCAUCAUAGCACUGGCCUCCAAUCUGGGUUUUGUGCUCACUGGCAGAGCUUUGUGUGGACUUUCUACUGCUUUCUUAUUUUCUGCAGUACAAGUAUAUUGCAGUGAAAUUCCUGAGGGAGGGAUAAGAGGUCGCCUGGGAGCUGUGCCGUCACUAUUCGUCACCCUGGGCGUUGUCUUAACAUAUGUAGCUGGAGCCUGCUUCUCCUGGCGCACCAGCUGCUAUAUCUGCGCUACUCCUUGUGUUCUCACCUUUGUUGCCAUCAUCUUUGUUCCAGAGUCACCACAUUGGCUAUUACUUAGGGGAAAGAGAGAUGAUGCUGAGGUAGCUCUUAGACGGCUGAGAGGACCAAACUACGACUUGACAAAAGAAAUCACCGAAAUGGAAGCCAAAAUAGUAUCAGUGGGAAGAAAACACGAACUCGGCGAGCUGUGGCGACCACGUACACGAAGACCAUUCUUAAUAGCCCUUUUCAAUAUGACUCUUCAACAAAUUAGUGGGGGUAAUAUUCUCAUAAUGUACACAGGAAACAUUUUUAUAUCAGCAGGUGUUGCAAACCACAACAUGGCCAUUGUGUACACAGGUUUGGUUCAAAUUGCUGGUACACUUUUGUCAGUUAUACUAAUGGACCAUGCUGGACGUCGGCCAAUGAUUGUGAUUUCUACUGCUGUAAUGGGCAUAUCAAUAAUCAUGCUUGGGAUUUAUUUUUACAUGAUUAAUGUAGUGGGUGAUCUGUGGCCAGGGUGGGUGCCACUGACCACAGUACUGGUGGCAGUCUUCGGGUACUGCCUGGGGUGUCGCACCAUCCCCUUUCUCUUAUCUGCCGAGCUCUUUAACACUACCAUCAGGUCUACUGCCAAUAAUGUCACUUUCUUCUACAACCGCAUCCUCAACUUUGCUGUCAUACAGACAUUCCCAUAUUUUGAAGAGUCAGCUGGAGCAUACACAGUGUUCUUUGUAUUGGGUGGACUGUGUCUGGCAUGCUGUGGCAUCUCUCUCAUCUGUGUUCCGGAGACCAAGGGAAAAACUCUAGAGCAGCUUCAGGAGUACUUCGAGAAAAAGUCUACCUCAACACCAGAAUGUAAAGUUAAUGACAAGAAGAUUCAAGAGCCAACAAUAAGUUACAAUGAUGUCACCAGCAAGACCAGCAAAAGUUUAAUUGCACCAUCCUCUUGUACUCUUGUGAAUGAAAAUGUUACAAACACCUCUAGAGGAUUAUCAAGUACCUGUACUAAAACAAUAGUACAUAGUGAAAAGGGCAAACAAGAUGAGAGUUCUGUAGAAAGCACAAAAUUAUAAGUAAACACCUUUGACAGUUGAGGAGAAUGUGCCAGCAGACAUUCCUCAUGUCCACAGUAUAGAAAGCACAAUAUAUUACCCACCAUAUUACAUCCUUUAGUCCUCAUAUGCCCAUACAUGCAUAUGGAUAUAUUUUUCUUGUGUUUGAUAUCAACAUUGUAUUUUUAUAUAAUCUAUCUAGUUUUAGUAAAUUAAUCAAUACUAUAUAAAUGAACAAAUUAAUUUAUUAAUAAAAACUGAGUAUUUGUGUACAACUUUUUUAUGUGUAUGAUACAGUACCUCAAAUAAAAUUCCUAAGUAUUGAACUUAACCUUAUUUUCUUUAGUUUUAAUAGUAUCUUCCAAUGUUUUGAGGCACAGGAUUUACAGGAUUAAAGGCAUAUAAUACAGGAUUUAUGUGAUACAAGAGGCAGAGUAUGGCCAGAAUCCCAUGAGAAAUACCAUCAGCAUCCUUCCCCAAGAUACAAGAGAUUUAUGUUGAUCAUAUGACUGAAAACUUUGCAAACACAACUACUGAGGAAAUUAUGCUUAAACUCAUUUGGAAAGUACCGGGUGUCUCACAUGUGAUUAUGAUUUUUAAAUACAGUACUAUAAUACGGGCUGUAGAUGGCAGUUUAUCUGAUAAUGUAUCCUAU